AUGGACGUUGAAGUUGAGUCAGUGGAGGCGAUUCCAUCUCCGGAAUCAGUGGAUGAGCACGUCUUCUACCGGCCUUCCCCGGACACGUAUAAGCCGCGAAAAAAAGCGGUCAAUGAAGAAUAUAUCGAAGCGGUAACAACGGGAUGGCCUUUAUCGGAUGCCUUCGCUUCGAGCAAGGAACCUGGCUCGAUGCUGGAAAACAAAUUACCGUGGCAAGUAAAGUGGUACCACCGCUUCGUACCGCCGAAGACUCCAGAGGAGUUGCAGAUCGGCCAACACUGGCGGUACGAAGCGCCUCGGCUAGAGGAGGUUCUAUCAGCCACACCCGAAAAGUCGACCAUGCUCACACCAACUUCACUCCCAGGGCUCAAGAGCAUGGCAACCAAGGUGCUCUCGGGAAUUCUGCAGGAUACGCUCGCACAAAACUCGUAUCAGAAGGCCUCCGAGGGCCGUACUAAUAAGGAGGGAGCCGGGAGCACUGUAUCAUCUCAGCUGCGCAUGCCAGAGGGGCAGGGUGGCACUAAGCGCUCCAUACUCGAGGCCUACACAUCGGAAAAGGAAAAGGCGAAAACAGCGAAGACCUCGUAG